GGGAAAGACCGUAUCAAUGCGCGGAUUGUGGGAAGGGAUUCGUUUCUGCGAGUUUCCUGAAGAAACAUCGAAAGAUUCAUGAGAAAACUACGCAGCUCGAAACUUAAUUGCGAACGAGAUCGUCUAAUAAAGAGAUACGUCCACUGGGACAACGAUCACGACGUGCUUAGCAGCUGCGAAGAUUUCAGAAUCAAGAACGAGGAUAUUCUUCUCGAUCCUGGACAAAAGUUCGAGGGGAACGAGAAAGUCUGCGAGCUUUGUCAAGAAAAAUUCCACUUCGUAACCAGAUUAGUAGCUCAUCUGAGGAUCGUUCACGGUAUCCAUAGACCCUUCAAAUGUGUCACGUGUGGGAAGACAUAUCCGCAGCAGUUUAUGCUAAACGCCCAUGUGAAAAAAUCUCACACUCCUAAAACGAUCCCCUGCACUGAAUGCAGUUUCAUGGGGGUGAAUGCGACUGAUGUGGAAAGACAUACGAAACGACACCAUCGAGAAAUGAAGUUCACCUGUGAAAUCUGUAGCGAGAACUUCGUAGACAAGGAUUCCUUGAUGACACACACAACUAUGCAUAACUUUAUGCAGUUUCAACAAUGUAACGCUUGUGGUACUACGUUCAACGACGCGUACAGCCUAAAGGAGCAUAACCGUUUGUACCACUACGAUCCAACAACGUUGAUUCAAGAGAAGCUCGAAGCUGACAGUCCGCAGAACACCACGGAACACAAAUGCGACGUCUGUGGGAAGGUUUACAAGUACAAAUCGGUCUUGAAACAACACAAAGUGAAAGCUCACGGUGAUAUGCCAAAUUACGAAAGACGUCGAUAUUUAUGCGCUCUUUGCGGGAAAGAAUUAAAAACCGCAAAAGGUCUCGAAAUUCACAAUCGAUCGCACACCGGCGAAAAGCCUUAUACCUGCGAGGUGUGUGGCAAGUGUUUCGCCUGUGAAACAUUGCUCAGGACUCAUAAUGUCACACACACUGGCGAGAGAAAGUAUUCUUGCGACCAGUGUGGCAAAGCUUUCACGCAGAGAUCCACGUUGGUCGUGCAUAAACGUUAUCAUACCGGUGAACGACCGUAUGUUUGUCCUCGAUGUGGAAAAGGUUUCGUCACCAGGACUGUCCUGAACACUCACAUGAAGUCCUGUCGUUGAGGCCGACCAGACGAUUGUUCGAUAUGUGAGAAACAUGUUUGAGACAGAAUAGGGGCUUCCGGUUUUGUUGGAAAGAAUCCGGUGCUCAAGGUAAGACUGGGACUAUUUCUACAACUUUUAUAAGGCGAAAGUGUCAUUCUAAUUAUACAAGGUGGUUGGUAACUGGUGGUACAAGCGGAAAGGGGGUGAUUCUACGCGAAAAAAAAGUCGAAAAUAUAGAAUAAAAAUUUUUCGUUUGAGGCUUUGUUUUCGAGAAAAUCGACUUUGAAUUUUCGCUCGGUACGCGUGCACUUUAUCACACCUUGUUAUAACGGAUCUCACUGUAGAUUGUUGCCUAGAUAGAAAAAUUAAAAAAAAAAUUUUUUUUAAAUGUUUAUUCUAUAUUUUCGACUUCUUUUUUCGCGUAGAAUCACCCCCUUUCCGCAUCUACCACCAAUUACCAACCGCCCUGUAUAUACUGCAGAGCAAUAAGUAUUAGGACUAAUAGGUAUUGGUACUUAAUAUCUGCUGAUAUUUAUGAUGCAUUUGAAUGUUUUUCUAGUUAUCUUAUUUUAAAUUAUUUACCUCAUUUGCGUCAUUUGUGUUUCGUAAUGUAGAGCAAAGUAAGACUUUCUUUGACUUUCUCGAUGAAUGUUAUGCGUAGAUGUCCUAUUCGAGAAUUUUAGCUUUACUUAAGGCUCAUUCUUAUUCCGUAUUUACGAUAUUAAAAAGAUGGUAUUUUUUAUAGUUUAAAUGCCAGCAAUUUGAAGUUACGGUUAUUCAAGAUUGAGUCUUGGAGAUGUUCCUCAAACAGCUUACGUGAGAAAAGCCAUUGUUCAAACAUAAAAUCGAAAAUGUAUUCGUAUAUUGUUUUUAAACUCGAAAUUAUAUAUAAAUCUGCAACGAUGGUAAAAUUCUCGUAGUAUAUGUAUUA